GUAACUAAGUCGUCCAUCACUCAUAAUGUGACAAUUUAAUGACUAAACUAGAAUUUUUUUAACAUAACAACAAUUAUUGUCGACUGAGCAGCGUUCAUAACAUCGUCAACACAAACUAUCUGCUAACUCAAGAUUGUUGACGAAAAUGAAAAUGGUGUACAACACCUUGUUGAUCGUCCUCUUCGUAUUCGCCGUACAAAACAUUUCUGUUUUGAUGGCGGAGAUUCCACAAAAGGAUCCAGAAAAUGUUGAUAAACCAAAUAAUCAAGGGGAGAAACAGGAGGGAGAAGUGGGAAAACCAAAAGAUGAAAAGAAAAAAGAAGAGGAGGAUCCUAUUGCAACCACGGAGAGGGACAUUCAGACUAUAAAACAAGGAUAUAUUGACAAAGUAAUCUCCACCUAUUACGGAGCUGCAAGCUUGGAUCCUGUAAAGCUUCAGAUGGCAAUAGUAUUAUACCGUCUUGCUAAUGUAGACUUGUUCUUUAAUGUGGAAAUCAAUUGCGUGGGAAAAGAUUUCAUGAAAAUCAAAGGCUGGACGACAUGUGAUGACGUGAUUACCGGAUUAACGGAUGCUACCACCUUUACGUUCAGUGAUUUAGAACAACGCGUAAAAGAAACACACAAAGAAGAAGAGAUUAAAUCCUUGGACAAUCUUAAAGAAAUUGAAACAGUAAUGAAAGGAGUGGUUAAAGGUCUACUCGAUCGGAAUAUGAGGCAGCUUCACUGCUUCCUCAUUCAAAAUAAACAAUAAACCUAAAAUUGGGAAACCCAGCAAUCCCAUACCAAAAACACUUUAAAGGUGUUUUCUGGGACGAGAAAUUAAAAUAUU